AUGAACCUUGCCUUAGCAGCAUUCGGAGGCUACCCGGUGCCGACAUGGGAGAGUCAGGAAGGCGCCCACACGCCGUCGGGGUCGAAGACGCCCAUCAUCAUAUGCGGAUGGCUGCUCAAGAUGAAGCGGGAGCACCGCAAAUUUAGGUCGACCUGGAAUAGGCGCUGGUUUACGGUGGAGGAUGGGGCGUUCAACUGGUAUAAGACCUCAAGCUCUGACGCCUGCGGGAGGCUCUCGCUCCUGGACAUCCAGAGCGUCCGGAGGUACGUCGGGACGGAGCACGGCAGCUACACCUUCGUGGUCCACGCGACGGACCGUGAGAUGCUCCUCCGGGCGGACAGCGCCAACGACGAGAGCAGGUGGAUACGGGGCCUUACCCUCCAGACGGACCUGGUGCACGGAGGCACGUUUCAGGGCCCCCCCUCGGCUAAGAACAGGCGACGGACGGUGCUCAAGUUGAUGGGGGAGGGCUGCACGGGGGCCAACGUCGGUGACGGUAGAGGGGACGACAGCAAGACCACCGGGUGGCACCAAAAGGGGGAUCGCGGUGGCGGCGGCGGCAACAGCCGGGAGGGAGAGUGGAAGGGGGAGGGAAGCCAGUUCCGAGAGAUCAACAAGAAGAUCAGGGCCCUCAUGAACGACCACGAUAACAGGGCCGGCGGCGGUGGCAGCAGCACCGGCGCCGCUGGGGACAACAGCAAGCCGACCAGGUUCUACUCCGAGCGGCAGCCCGCCCAAAAGUUCAAGAUAACCCCCCGGGAUCCGAGGGGGAUCAGCAUCGUCGGAGGGAGAGGGCUGGGAAAGUUUCCCGAAAAGAACGGAAGCGGUGGCGGCGGCGGCGGUGGCGAUAACGGGACGGGGCUUGCCGGCGGCGGCGGCGGCGGCGGCGGCGGCGGUACCGGCGACCACGGGGCCCUCUCCGACACCGCGAGCUCCGACGAGAAGGACAACGUGAGAGGACACUGGAGAUCGCGCAGCAGAGUCGUCGGGCGGAGGGCGGGGCACGAGGUCAGUCGGGGCAGCGGUGCGAGGAGAUCGAAGCAGCACCGAUAUAGCGCGGGUGGCAACGGCGCCGGCGAUGGCGGCGGUAGGCAUGGUAGCUUUUCCCACCGCGGGACGGGGAAGAAUGCCGAGGGGGCAGGAGGGCGGCGAGACCGGAACGAUUUCGAGAGUCUGGACGAUGUUUCCUCGUCGGAGGAGAGCAGCAGCGGGCAGAGAAGCAGGAGGAACGGGCGAAACUUCGACAACGACGACUUCAGCCGGGGGGACGGGGACGAGGAAGAGGAAGAGGUCUCCGUCGACAGGACCAACUACUGGCUCCAGUCCGGGUACGCCGGCGGCAAUGGCGCGGCGGGCUACUACGCAGCCACCGCCGGUUGCAGCGGAGGAGGAGGAGGAGGAGGCAGCGGCCACAGCGCUAGAGGUGCCAGCGGCGGCAGCGCCACUGCGGAGGACAUGUCGUGGAACGCCGGGAUGAUGGGCGGGAUGAGCUCGCGGUCUCGCGGGUCCUCGCGCGGCAACUCGGGCAACGGCAGCAGCGGGCGCGGCGGCAGCGGACUGCCGCGAAGGUACCUCACGGAGCAGAGCAUGCUUCGCCAGCAGGGCUGGUGA